AUGUGGUAAAAAUUGGGCCAAAAAAAGUGAAAGAAGCUAUAAGCCCGGGAAAGGACUGAAAGGAAAACCAGAGUACGAGUCUGAGUGAGACCACGGGACGAACACCAUGUGUGCGCUGGUGAAAGUUGGCAGCAAGCGCUUAAGCUCUGUGCUGAGCAGCCUCAACUCUCUGUCCCUGCGUCGCUUCUGCAGCACACUUGCCCCUGGCUCCAUUCAUCCCACUGCAAUCGUUCACCCCAAUGCCGUUUUGGGUCAGGGUGUUUCAAUUGGUCCCUUUUGUACUGUUGGGUCGACCGUGAAGGUUGGAAAUGGCUGCCAAUUAUACCCGGGCAGCCAUAUAUUCGGAAAUUCAGAAAUUGGGGAGCGUUGUGUUUUGAUGACUGGCGCCGUUGUUGGUGAUGAUCUUCCAGGCCGAACAUUGCUGGGAUGUAAUAAUAUUAUUGGACACCAUGCUGUGGUUGGUGUCAAAUGCCAAGACUUGAAGUACAAGUCAGGGGAUGAAUGUUUCCUUGAGGUUGGGGACAACAAUGACAUCAGGGAGCAUACAUCAAUCCACCGGUCUUCGAAGUCGAGUGAUACAACAGUUAUUGGGAAUAAUAAUCUUAUCAUGGGUUCUUGUCAUAUUGCCCAUGAUUGCAAGAUUGGAAACAACAUCAUUUUUGCAAAUAAUACCCUUUUAGCAGGCCAUGUUGUGGUGGAAGAUUAUGCUCACACUGCAGGGGCUGUAGUUGUUCAUCAGUUCUGCCAUGUUGGUUCUUUCUCUUUUAUUGGUGGUGGCUCCGUGAUUGCACAGGAUGUUCCAAAGUACAUGAUGGUUGCAGGAGAAAGAGCUGAACUUCGUGGUUUAAAUCUUGAGGGUCUACGACGUCAUGGUUUCACAGCCCAAGAGAUCAGAAGCCUGCGAACAGCUUACCAAAAAAUAUUCAUGCCUGAUGAAAUUUCCAAGGGUUUCGACGAACGUCUGGCUGACAUGGAGAUGCGUGAUGAAUUGGCUCAUAUAUCUGUAGUCUGUUCCAUGGUGCAAUCUAUCCGUGACUCUUUUGAAGGAAAACGACGUGGAAUAUGUAAAUUCAGACAUUGGAAUGGCUCUUAAAAACAUGCAAUAGUGAUCUAACUGCUAUUGUCUUUACAAAAUGGCUGGGCAUGUGGACUAAUUUGUUGUAUGAAGACCUUGCCAGGCGGUUCGUUGUGUUGUAAUGAAGAUUUAUAUUGGGCCAGUUCUCAUUGUUUGAUAAAAGAAUACUUUGGUGAAAGGAUGUAAUACAGAGAGAAGUUGCAGAUGCAUAACGUAGUGUGGAAGUUUUAAUCUUUUCAACUUGUGGGUUGUUUCAAGGAAAUUACUUGUGCAAUGUCUUUAAAGUUAGAAACAAAUAUUUUUUAAGUUUUGUGCUUCUUGAUAAUGUUGACCUUGAAGCACAUGCUAUUUGUACAAGCAGAUUGAACCUCUCCAAAUUCAGAGAAAAUCCUAGGAAUUUGAUUGUUCUGGGUUUUCAGUUACAUGAUGGAUUUUUUAUUUCUUAUU